AUGAAGCGCGUGGGGCGGGGAGAGGGAAGGGGGCGCGAGGCGGCGAUCCGCAGUGCUCCGCGCAUUUGCUUCAGCGCACGCACGGCUGUCGUCGACUCGUCCCGCGGCGACCUUUCUAGGGGCGGUUUCGUGGCAACAGCUGCUGCUGCUGAGACAGGGGGGAGAGCAGCCGGGUGUGACAGUAUCGAGCGGAUCGCAGAGCUGAUUCGCCGCACGCAUGCACCUGAGCGCUAUGCGCAUGGCAGCGCGGGACGCGGGGAAGGCACAGCAGAGAGGGGGAGUGCGGUGGUGCACGAGGGGCAUGCGGAGGAGCCAUUGCGGUCACUGGACGCAGGGCGGUGGGUGAAGCUCAUUUGCGGGGCCAGCUUCGAGGACGUGGCAGAUGUGCGCAACCUCACCUUCAUCUACACCCUACGCGCGAACACACCUUGCUGCCGCUCUCCGUCUUCCCCGCGCCUCUUGCGCCUCUCCCCCCCACGCCCCCACCACACCAGGACGUACAGUGGUGGAAUGCUCAUGAGGUACGUGGACUGCAUAGACUGUGCGGCGGACACAGCAGUGGUGGCGGCAGCAUGUCUCAACCUAUCCAUCUCCCACGUAUCGCCCUCAUUAUCCCCUUAUCCUUACCCCCACCCCAUUCUUUCCCCCAGUGGACUGCAUCGACUGUGCGGCGGACACAGCAGUGGUGGCGGCAGCAUGUCUCAACCUAUCCAUCUCCCACGUAUCGCCCUCAUUAUCCCCUUAUCCUUACCCCCACCCCAUUCUUUCCCCCAGUGGACUGCAUCGACUGUGCGGCGGACACAGCAGUGGUGGCGGCAGCAUGUCUCAACCUAUCCAUCUCCCACGUAUCGCCCUCAUUAUCCCCUUAUCCUUACCCCCACCCCAUUCUUUCCCCCAGUGGACUGCAUCGACUGUGCGGCGGAGCCAGCAGUGGUGGCGGCGGCAAGGGACGGCAUCAAUGCCGCCACGGCCUGGGCUGCAUGCACCCUCAUGGAUGGCCGCGUGUAUGGGGGGGAAGCGCCAGCUGCCCAGAGGGACGGGCGCGUGGGGGAAGCAGUAGGGCAGUUGAGGGGUGGGAGUGGGGGGGAGGUUGCAGGGGAGGGAGUGGGGGACGGCAGGGCUGGAGGGGGGAAUGGGGAGGGAGGGAGGCGGCCAUGGGUGAUGGUUAGUGUGAGCGAUGGGCAGGACCCGCACUUCCGCAAGGCAGUAUUCGACGCCUCUGUCUGUCCGCCCACCUGCCCUCGGCCCUGUGAGCGAGUCUGCCCCGCCGCUGCCAUCCGCUUCCCACCCACUGCCACAGAUGCUGGCCCCACUGCUGCACAGGCCAGCAUGGCCGGAAGCAGCAGCAGCGCUGGGGUGAUAGCAGAGCGGUGCUACGGCUGUGGCCGAUGCAUCCCUGUAUGCCCCUUGGCUCUCAUCUCGGCAGAGGAGCACCAGCGAACAGAGGAGGACACGUUGAACCUCCUGAGAAGCGGCAUUGGCGUGCUUGUGCAUCUCUCCGCCCUCCCUCUCCCCCCUCUCUUUGACCUCAUUCCUACGUCCGCUCGCUCUACUUCUCCUCCUCCUCUCACAAGUAUCUUCGUCCCUCUCUCCCACUCUCCCUGCCUUCUACCACACUAUCCCUGUAUCCUGCCUCUCUUCCCUCCCUCCCUCUCAUCGUGUCCUCCAUCUUUCGUGAGUCUGCCAGACCUGGGGGACAGCAUGCCGGCUGCCAUGCAUGCCAUGCACCGCACCAUGCUGCCACACCUCUCUGCCGCCAACCUCUGGCAGUUGGACGGUCGCCCUAUGGGUGAAGCCAUAGGUGCCGGAGCGGCACAUGCCGCCUUGGACGGUCGCCCUAUGAGUGGGGACAUAGGUGCCGGAGCGACACGAGCCGCCGUGCGAUUGGCUGCGAGGGUGGCGGCAUUCCAGGACAGACCGCCAGGGUGCAGUCAUGUCGGUUUGAUAGUCCUUCAUCUCUCCCCUCUCAAGCCUGUCUCUUCUCUCACUCCCGUCAUUCUCGUCAGCUGUUUCGCUGCUCGCUCCGCUUUCCCCCUCUGUCACCCCCCGCAUGAGCAGGUUACUUGCAGAUAG